ACCCCGGGCUACACGGCUCCUCUGUAACCCAAAGCUCGUGUUUGUGUUAUAUCCACUCCGUCCAUCCGUUUCGUCAGCUCAUUUUUGGACACAAACAUCAUAUAAAUCCAAAAUCAAGGGGGGGCCACACGAGUGAAGAUUGAACUUUCACCGAUUCAAAAUUAGUGGGGUUACAGAAGUUUCGAGUCAGGGUAAUGUUGUGUUUGCCCUUUAUCCAGGCGGGAAUCACCUUAUGAACGGGUUGGAUGACAUCUAACAUCAUGGUGAGCGUUAGGAAGGUUUCAACGGUGGGUUAUUUCCAUCACCACUGUUUCCCGUGGUCUGGCCCACUUGAGUUUUGGAUGUCCCUCGUUUCAUGGAUCAUGUCCCCUAAUGAGCUGACGAGACGUAUAGACGGACUGGAUAUGAUACAAAAAUCGUGGGUGGGCCCCAAGGAGCUUUGUAUUACAGGACGCGUGUUAAUCGCAAGACGCGUCCUCUCCCCUCUCUCUCAAUCAAAACCUAGCGAAGGAGACGAAGAAAGGGGAAAGAAGCAGCAACAGCAGCCGCGCAGUACGGAAUGAGGAGCUCACCGCAAUCGGUGCUCUCGCAGUGGCGGAGGAGAGGCAUCUGGAUCAUCAGCAGCAAAUGGCUAGCCACCGUCGCGAGCAUUUGGAUUCAGUGCACUAGCGGGUCAUCGUACUGCUUUGGCAUCUACUCUUCCCUCCUCAAAUCCAGCCAGGGCUACGACCAAUCCACCCUCGACUCCGUCGCCUUUUUCAAAGACGUCGGCGCCAACGUCGGCCUCAUCUCCGGCCUCCUCUACUCCGCUACCUCCUCCUCCUCCUGGACACGUGGCGGGCCCUGGGUCGUCCAUCUGGCGGGGGCCAUCCUAUGCUUCUCUGGCUACUUCCCCAUGUGGCUCUCCGUCACCGGCGCCAUCCCCCGGCCGCCCGUCCCCGCCAUGUGCGUGUUUAUGCUCCUCGCAGCCCAAGCACAGACCUUUUUCAACACAGCCAAUGUCGUCACCGCCGUUGAGAAUUUCCCUGACCACAGGGGCACCGCCGUUGGGAUCAUGAAGGGCUUUCUCGGUCUAAGCGGAGCGAUACUAAUUCAAGUAUAUCAGACGAUAUUCAAGGAUAACCCUAGUUCGUUUCUUCUGAUGCUUGCGCUGCUGCCAACUCUCACCCCCCUCUUGCUAAUGUGUUUUGUAAAAGUUCGCUCUACAAAUGAAAGGCAUGACAAGAAAUACCUGAAUGGUUUCUCAGUCAUUGCACUGGUUGUUGCUUUUUACCUCACCAUCAUUAUAAUUUUGGAGAAUGUCCUAGCAUUGGGAUCAUCAAUGCAUAUCCUUAUAUUGACAAUACUUCUCGUUACACUCAUCUUUCCUCUAAGCAUUGCAAUUAGAGCCCAAUUGAGGAACUCCCGGAUGCUACCACAAGCUUCAAAUCUCGAAGCAAACCGUUUGAUGGAUGAUCCUGACCCACUGGAUGUCACAGAGCAGAGAACAUAUGGGAGAGUAGAAGCUGAGAAGCCGUACACAAGAUACGAUCAUGCUGUGUAUCACAAGACACCGAGCGAUGCUGGUCAAGAGCCAUCCGUGCAUGACAGGAGGAUUAUGUCGAGGGGAGAAAACUACAAUCUUUUGCAGAGCAUGCGCACCAUUGACUUCUGGUUACUGUUUUUAGCCAUGGCAUGUGGUAUGGGGUCAGGGCUGGCCACAGUAAAUAAUAUCAGUCAGAUUGGCACAUCUCUUGGUUACACAAGCAUUGAGACCAGUACAUUGGUCUCUUUGUGGAGUAUAUGGAAUUUUCUGGGCCGCUUCGGUGCUGGUUACGUGUCUGACUACUUCCUCCACCUGAGAGGCUAUGCAAGGCCAUUGUUCAUGGCCAUUACGCUGGCGACCAUGAGCGUUGGCCAUGCAGUGAUCGCUUCUGGCCUGCCGGGUGCUCUAUAUGCAGGUUCUAUCUUAGUGGGUGUAUGUUAUGGCUCUCAAUGGUCAUUAAUGCCCACCAUCACUUCAGAGAUAUUCGGUGUAAUGCAUAUGGGUACGAUAUUCAACACAAUUGCCAUCGCGAGCCCGUUUGGGUCUUAUCUCCUCUCUGUGAAGUUGGUGGGGGGUAUAUACGACAUGGAAGCAUCAUCAUCAUCAUCAUCUGAUGAGAAGACGUGCACUGGUAUGCACUGCUUCAUGUUAUCUUUUCUGAUAAUGGCAUGUGUUACUCUUUGUGGGUUUCUCAUUGCCUCAUAUUUGUUCUUUCGGACUAGAAGGUUUUAUAAGCAGGUUAUUUUUGAGAGACUACAACAAUCUGCAGCGCAGUAACAAGGAAGUAGCUGCACUCAAAGAUACAAGUAGCAUAUAGUUGGAAAUGCACUUCUCUGUUGUUCCUUUUCCAUCUCUGAUCCAUGAGAGGAUAUAGUGUUAUCAAUAUUAUCUUAGUUAUGAAGCAUUCAGUAUCUGUACAUGUAGUACAUGUGCCAGAGAUCCAUAUUGGGCCAUGUGCCGCAAUCUUAGCCACUGAUUGGAGGGCUCUUCAGGAUUACAAAUAGGUGGUUAGGAAAAUGUCCGACCCAUUAGCAUUAAAUGGAUAAAAGCGCUCUAAUCAAUCACUGGGAUCUGAUUGGUGGAAUUUUUGGCAUAUGGUCAAUACACGGCAGCACAUCAUAGAUGAAUGUUCUGGAUCACAUGCAUAAGUGCCAUGUUUGCUGAGAUUGAGUGCUUGAUAACUAAUUUAGAUGUCAGUGUUGGAUGCAUUCUCUUUGUUAUAUAUUGUGGGUAGAAUUCUUUAUUUAUUUUGGUUGUAUAUGACAUUCACUUCAGCGCCUUCCCUACAACUGAUAGAACAUGUUCUAUUGACACUGAUUUUGUUUUUGGAACUGCAUGUUUCAUACGUAUAAUUUUGUUGGUAUA